CUCCCUUUUGCAUAGCAUCUUCAUCAGUUCAUCUUCUUGGCUUCGUCUCCUUCUCUGCAUUUCCUGAAGAAAGGGCUGCAAUGGCUACCCUUAAGUUGUCUAUGACUAGACCCACUUCCCUCUUCUUCUUCAUUGCCUUCUUUGCCUUCUCUCCUACUGUCUCCUACGGUGACUCUGGAUGGGAGAGUGGGCAUGCCACUUUCUACGGCGGUGGUGAUGCAUCCGGGACAAUGGGGGGAGCUUGCGGCUAUGGCAACUUAUACAGUCAGGGCUACGGCACGCUGACUGCUGCACUCAGCACUGCUCUGUUCAACGAUGGCCUGAGCUGUGGGUCCUGCUACGAGAUGAGGUGCAACGACGACCCCAGCUGGUGCCGGCCAGGCAGCAUCAUGGUCACUGCGACCAACUUCUGCCCGCCAAACUUCGCUUUGCCUAAUAACAAUGGAGGGUGGUGCAACCCUCCCCUGCAGCACUUCGACUUGGCCGAGCCCGCCUUCUUGCAGAUUGCUGAGUACAGGGCUGGUAUUGUCCCUGUCGCAUUCAGAAGGGUCCCAUGUGUGAAGAAAGGAGGAAUAAGGUUCACCAUCAAUGGCCACUCCUACUUCAACCUGGUGCUCAUCACCAACGUCGGUGGUGCAGGGGACGUCCAUGCCGUGUCCAUAAAGGGGUCGAGAACAGGGUGGCAGCCCAUGUCCAGGAAUUGGGGCCAGAACUGGCAGAGCAACUCCUACCUCAACGGCCAGUCCCUCUCCUUCCAGGUCACCACCAGCGACGGGAAGACUGUCACCAGCUACAAUGUAGCGCUUGCUAAUUGGCAAUUUGGCCAGACCUUUGAGGGUAGCCAGCUCUGAGACAUGGGGAUAGCAAGAGAGAAUAUUUUUUAUCUCUUGUUGUCUGUAUGAAGAAAAAAAGAUUGCAGGACUGGGGGGCCAUGAAUGCUGAGGUUGCUUUCUAGCGCCCGCUUGGCCGUCAGUCCUGUCACAGAAUAGUAUACCUCAAUAUGUUAUGCAUAUUCCUUCAAUGGCAGCAUUUCUUUGCCCUUGGAAGUGGAAAGAGGCAUUUAGUAUUUGAAAGUUUGUUUGACUAGGAAAUCUUUAUAAUUGGUCCUUUGUUUUAUGUAAGGCACCUGCAUUUAGAUGUGUACUUGUGAAAUACGAAUCUUAUCAAGAAGAUGCUUCGUAUAAAAAGUUGUUUCCAUUGGCAUUUCA